AUGAUACUUUUACUAGUGUUGUUAGUAUCCGUUUUCAAAUUAGUCUAUACAUUACAAUGUAUCGAUAGAUGUACGAUGAUGUUUUCUAUGAAUCAAUCGUUUAUUUUACCAUCGAAUUGUACGUAUAUACAAAAUGAUCGAUGUUCAGUUAAUCUUCUAUUUCGGUAUGAAUGUGGACAUUAUAUUGUUACAUUUCCUGGUGAUCUAACGUAUGAUGAGAAUUUGGGCGAUACAAAACAUUUUAUUAUGAUUGAAACAGCUAGAGAUGCAUUCUUUUCCUAUGAUAUCAAUCAUGUAUGUAAAGAAACGGAUGAUUGUGCUCGACACUUUGCUGAGAAGAAAAUUCUCGACAUGACACAACGCGCAUUUAACAUUUCGAAUCUUUAUUCUGAUCUUAAACAAAUUCUACACAAGAAAAAAAUUUUCGAUCAAGAUUUACUUUGUUUUGAUGCAAACGAAUCUAUUCGUCAAUGUCUUGUUUCGGGCAUGACUGGCUCAUGUGAAAUUAUUGAUGACCUUGUUAAAUAUAAAAUUCAUCGACGGUCUUGUGAAUAUCGCAUUCAAGAAUCUGCUAGUGUUAAUAUAUAUGAAUCGGGAAAUUUCGCCAUGAUGACCAUAAAAUGUAAUCGAAUGCUUUGCAACGGGCCAGUAACAAUCGAAGCCGUGAAAAGAGUAUUAAAUCAUUAUGAUAUUACUGAUAUUAACGGUCGCCUACUGGGCAAUAGUUCACAUCUGUCGUUCAAGUAUUAUGAUUGCAUCUUGACAUUGAUUAUAGUUUUCUGGAUUGACUAG